UCUGUCACACAGCCUAUAGUGUACCAUGUGUUUCCACAUCACUACAACUUUAAGGAGAAGGACUAGGACAUUCCUACUCUUUUCUGCAGGAAAUCACAUGUAGGUGCUAUCGCUCUCACAUGACAUCCUAAACUAUGGCAGGGGACAUCAAUGAAGGAUCCGUCCCUGCAUACUAUCGUGAAGUGCAUCAAGCCAUCUGCUCCAGAACUGAUGAACGAGUGCCUAUCAGUGUAUUCCUGAGAGUUCUCAGCAGAACAUCUCUUUCCAUCACCGUUCAAAACCAGAUAACCGAACAUGUAAACAAUAGUGAUGGAUUCCUAAGUAAAGUCUCACUGUAUAAAGGCUUGGCUCUCAUUGCCCUUGCUCAACAAGGAAAACCACCAAGUCCCAAACUGCUGGAGAGUGUCAUACAAGAGUUCCCAAAGCCUCAGCUAGGAGAGCCGAAGGAGCUUCAGAGUUUAAAGAUGCAGUCGGUUCAGGAGAGUCCUCUGAUCUUGUCCGUGACUCUGGCAGAGCUGUUGAAGAAGGACACCGUCAAAGUUGACCUCAUUCCUGAGAAGAAGGGACUGUUUCUUAAACAUGUGGAGUAUCAGGUCACCAGUGAGCGUUUUACAGUAUCGGUCUAUCGGCGAUACAGCGAUUUUGACGUCUUCCACGAGCUCCUGCUUCAGAGAUAUGCUUACAGAGCCGUGCCGGCGCUUCCUCCCAAAAGGGCGCUGAAAGGAGUCCUGACCUCCAUGUCAGAGCGAGAGUUCAUUGAAGGGCGGAGACGAGCCCUGGGAAGGUUCCUAAAUCUUGUGGCACGACACCCUGUCUUUUCCGAAGAUGAGCUUGUGAAAACAUUCCUCACCUUCAGUGGCUCGGAUGUCCAACCUAAGCUUAGAGAUGCUUGCAAAAAAUUGGGGGAUGAGUUCAUGACCUGUAAAUAUGCAACGCUGGCCAAGGAUUACCUCCCAGCAGAUAUCCAAAGUCAGUUUUCGUCCAGCAGGGAGCUCAUCAGAAAUAUCCAUAACAGUUUUCAGAAGUUACGAGACCGGGCAGAGAGGAUGGCCGAGCGCUCAAAGGAGAACGCCACAGAUCUGCUGAUGUUUGGGAAGGAGCUCAGUUCUUUGGGAUCAGAUGAGUCACCUGUGCCUGUCCUGGCGUCCUGCAAGAGUCCCUGGGCUGCUCUUAGACACUCUGUCAAAGGGCUCUCUGUUGAGUUCUCACUUCUGUCUGAAAGAGCUGCCCAACAGGGCAGAAGAGAGGAGGAUGAUGUGGUGGAAAAACUAAAUCUGUUUCUGGACUUGCUGCAAUCGUACAGGGACUUGUGUGAAAGGCACGAGAAAGGGGUCUUGCACGAACAUCAGCGAGCGUUGCAGAAGUACAGUGUCAUGAAGAGACAAAUGCUGAGCGCCACCGUGCAGCCUAAAGAACAGGUUUCUGUAGAGCAGCUGGAGUCCCGCAUCGUCCAGCAAGAAAACGCCAUUCAGGUCAUGGAGCUGCGCAACUACUUCUCCCUGUUCUGCCUGCACCAGGAGAGCCAGCUCAUAUUCACAUACCUGCCCAUCACAUCUCUCAUCCUGGGGGCAUUUGUAGACUCACAGGUGCUGGGACAUAAAGAUAUGGGUGAGGUGUGGCAAGAUCUUCAUUCCAAGCUUAAAAGUCUUUUUGGGGACGGUAAUGGGCGGUCUCCGCCUCUCAGCCCAAAAUAACCUCCCUUCUGUGCCUCUCAAGAAGACAAUGAACUCUAGCCUGUUUUGAAUUGCAGGAUCUCUACAGGAGUUACAGACAGUCAAUAUUAUAUAAAAGCACCUUGCAAAGAAUUAUUGGAAAAUGCGUCUGUUCAUGCAGCAGAUCUUAAAAUCUUACUGAGGUGAAGAAGGCCCUCGAUUUCCUACAGUUUGAGCAAAUGGACGGCUAAAAUAAAUGGCUAUGCUGUUGAGAAUCAUUUUA